CGUCGUAAAUAGACAAGCAGUAAAAAAAAGAAUACGAAACAACACCAUUGAUGAGGUACAAAAUUAGAUUUUCGCAACCCUAAGGGAAGGAACCAAACCAUAGCGCUCACUACUACUGAUGCAGUACGGGACUGGCUUCGCGUAGCGUCCACUGUUGCGCCUGAAGGGUAUACCAACAGUGACCCGCUUUCUCAGUGUUUACUAGGAUCGCUCCGCGACUGGCGAACCAUCGAAGCGAACGUAAAUUUGCACGUAUCUCUCUUUUCCACCCGACAGGCUUUUGCUUCCAUACACCUAUUCUAGUUACAAUUUUCUAGUGCGUAUUUAUAGUGCUUUAAAUCGACCAAUAUGCCAACCACCUGUAAGUUUCGUCUUCGGAACGAUACCAGCAAGGUGUACUACUGUGGCGAGAAGCUGGACGGAAGCGUUGAACUAACGUUCUCCGAAAUCAAAAAAGUGAACGGAAUCAAACUCAUCAUAGCAGGCGUCGCCCAUGUUAAAUGGAUACAACACAGAGGGCCCAAUCGAUACAGUACUACCUUCAAGGGAAGCGAAGCUUGCCUUCACUCCGAAAUUGACCUGUUACGAGCGGAUGGUGACUCAAUGGAUGUCCCGGCAGGAAAACACACUUACAGUUUCGAUUGCUUUCUUCCCGAGUCGCUGCCAGCGACGUUCGCAGGAAAGCACGGUCGGAUUCAGUACAUUAUCACGGUGAUCCUGCAACGAUCCUGGAAGGCGGACAAAAUAUUUACAAUAGAGUUCAUAGUUCUAAGGAAUGUUGAUUUGAGUGCGGAGCCGCCGUCGAUUCGUGGCCCAGCUCGGAUUGAGAUCAGUAAAGCGUUCCGCUGCUGGCCUUGCCGAACUGGGCCUUUAACAGUAACACUACAGACAUCAGCCACCGGAUAUGUUCCUGGUCAACGUAUCACGUUGGUGCUGGAAAUUAACAACGGGAGUAACUCGAAGAUUCAGUCGAUUAAUCUGAAACUGGUGAUGGUGGUUUCCUACACCAGCGAUACACCGAGACUCAAACUGAAGGUCGAUCGAGAGGACGUGGUUCGAGUUGAGCUGGACCCAUCAAACGAUAACGACGAGAUUAAGUACGAAGAGAACCUAACAGUACCACAGCUACCGGCAACCAGUGGAAGUAACAGUUGCUGCAAAAAAAUCAAAAUCGAGUACGAGCUGGAAGCCGAACUGGAAGUCGGUGCCGUACAUCAGGUGUUGAAAUUGAACAUUCCCGUGGUUAUUGGUACCAUUCCGCUCAACAGUGACCGGCGGGAAUCCACCAUCAUGGAAUUGGAAACCUAGACUCGGUUCACGGCGACAACCGGGAACAAAUGGUUCUGAAUUCACAUAUUUUGGAGUGCUUCACAGUUUACAUAUAUAAUAUAUAUACAUGUUAACCUUUUUACAUAUAUACAGAUAUACUUUAUAGCGAUGUUUUGCAAUGUGUCCAAGUUUGCUUGUUAAUGUUGGAAUGUCACAAUAAUAAAAAUAACCAUAAUACGCUCAACUAACUUA